AUGCCCGUGACGGUUCCGUCGCGCAUUUGCUGCCCGCUGACGGUCCAUAUCCGCUCAGGAAACACCACGCGCGCUUCAUGGCGCGCAGCGAGCGCCAUGGCCCAGAACAGCGGCGACGUCCUCCCUGCGCCCUUCCUCGACCUCUCGCGCGUGUCCGACGCGCACUGCCACCCCCAGCUCGACACCGCUGCCAUCAGUGACAUCCACACUACCCCUGCGCGGACGUUCGCGAUCAUGUCCGUGUCGCACGCGACGUGGCCGGCCGUCGACACCGCCUGCGCUCAUCUCCCCAUCGGCCGCGCGAUCCCCGCGUUCGGCAUACACCCCUGGUGGGCGCACCUCCACGCGUCCAGCGCGUACCGCACCAAGCGCGACAUCCUCGUCACCAAGCCCCGGCCGCGCGCCUCCCCCGAGCAGGCGCUCGCCGCCGCAGAGUGCGCGCUCGCUGCGCUGCCCGAACCAGUCCCGCUCGACACCUGGCGCGACGAACUGCGCCGCCGCCUCGAACACGACCCAGGGGCGAUCGUCGGCGAAUGCGGCAUCGACCGCGCCGCGGAGGUCCUCGAGGGGCUCCCGCACGCCCACCACGACGACGUGCUGCCCCACUGCCGGCUCGAGUGCAGCGAGGAGCACCAGUGGAGCGUCCUCGGCGAGCACCUGGCCCUCGCGGGCGAGCUGCAGCGGCCGAUCUCGCUCCACUGCGUCCGGUCGUACGGCCGCCUCGAGCAGGAGCUGCGCGUGGUGGCCAGGCGCGACGCCGCGUCUAUCCCGCCGCGCGUGAUGCUGCACAGCUACGGCGGGAGCCCCGAGAUGGUGCGGAACUUCGUGGCGCUUCCGAACGGCCUCGGCGCGCGCGUGUACUUCUCGUUCAACGCCGUGGUGCGCAACGGACGCGCCAAGCUGCUGGCGCGCGUGGCCGCGGUGCCGGACGACCGCGUGCUGGUGGAGUCGGACGUCACGAGCGUCGCGGGGCUCGCGCCCGGCCUGCGCGCCGCGGUCGAGCUCGUGGCCGAGGCCAAGGGGUGGAGUCUGCCCGAGACGGCAGAGCGCGUCGAGGCCAACUUCCGGUCGUUCUACGAGGCGCAGCUGCGCGCCGUGGCGGCGGCGUAG